AUGGCUCAGAGUGACUUCCUCUACCCCGAGAACCCAAGGAGGCGGCAGGAAGUAAACCGUCUUCACCAGCAGCUCCUCAACUGUUUAUCGGACAGUUUCCAUGCCACCAACAAGCUCAUUGGGGUUUUAAAUACGCACUUGGGAUGCAGGCUGGCCUCCAUUGAGAUGAAAAGCAAUGGAACUAUCAAAGAAAACUGUGAUCUCAUCAUCCAAGCCAUGAUGAGUAUCCAAAAGGAACUGCAAAAGGUUGAUGAGGCCCUAAAAGAUAAACUAGAGCCAACCCUUUAUAGAAAACUUCAAGAUAUUAAAGAGAGGGAAACAGAUAAAAUUGCAAUAGUACAGAAGGUUAUUUCGGUCAUCUUGGGAGAAGCGACUUCUGCAGCCAGUGCAGUGGCUGUUAAACUCAUCGGUUCCAAUGUGACAACGGGCAUAAUGAACAAGUUGGUCACCGUGUUAGCUCAAAUUGGUGCUUCUCUCCUUGGUAGCAUUGGGGUGGCUGUUCUUGGCCUUGGUAUAGAUAUGAUCUUCCGGGCUAUUCUCGGAGCAGUGGAGAAAACACAGCUCCAAGCAGCCAUCAAAAGUUAUGAGAAGCAUCUGGUGGAAUUCAGGUCCGCCUCAGAAAAAUAUCAGCAUGCUAUUAUUGAGGUCACUAACACAGUAAAACAUCAAAUGAAAUAA